UUAUUUUUUUGUAUAGUGUUAUAAUUCUAGUAACAUUUUCUUAAGUUACAUCAUAAAAUAAAAAGAUAGAAUAAAUUAACACAUGUUCAUAAUAUGUAUUUAAACUAUUAUCAAAAUAAAUAUCUUUAUAAAUAUUUUCAAUAAAUUAAAUAAAUCUUAAAUUUCUAUAAAAUGACAUUGGAUUUAGGUUUUGUGGAAAAGUGUGAAUCUUGGCAAGUAGAAAGUAGAUUUUUUCCAAGCAAAGUUGGGGGUAAACCAGCUUGGCUUAAUUUAAGAGAUAUACCUGGAGAAAAAGAUUUUCAUUGUGAAUAUUGUAAAGAACCUUGUAUUUUUUUAUGUCAAAUUUAUGCACCAUAUGAAGAUAACGAAUAUGCUUUUCAUCGAACGAUUUUUAUUUUUAUAUGCAAAAAAAUGGAAUGUUGUAAAUUAAAUAAAAAUGGAAAUUUAAAAGUAUUCCGUUCUCAAUUACCAAGAAUAAAUGAAUUUUAUUCAUCUGAACCUCCAAUAGAGCAAAGUAACUGGAGAACUGACAUUAGUAUAAAUAAAUGGGUAAAAACAUGUUAUACUUGUGGAAUAUUAGCACUUAAUCAUUGUUCUAAAUGUAAAAUUGUAAAUUAUUGUUGUCGAGCUCAUCAAAUUUAUGAUUGGAAAAAUGGACAUAAAGAGAUUUGUGAUAGUAAUCAAAAAAUAAUAAGAAUGAAUAAACUCUUAUUUCCUGAAUAUGAAAUAGUUAUAGAAAGAGAAGAUAAAGAAGAUACACAUAAUUCAAAUGAUUUAAUUAAAGAAGAAGAAGAAAUUAAAAAAUAUGAAACAAUGGUACAAAAAAAUGAAGCAGGAAUUUUUCAAAAUGAAGAUGUACAAAAUGAAUUGCUAAAUAUGGCUAAUCAACAAGAAGAUGAAACAUUUUCUAAAUUUCAUUCAACUAUUAAAAAAUAUCCAGAUCAAAUAUUAAGAUAUGAUAGAGGAGGCAAUAUUUUAUAUAUUUCAGGAUCUAAUAAAAUUAAUGAAGUACCAAAAUGUUCAGAAUGUAAUGGAGAAAGACAAUUUGAAUUUCAGCAGGAAGAUGCGUCAAUUGAAGGGAAAAACAAAAGAAACAAAUAAACAGAAGAAAGAGAGGAAAAAGGAAUUUCUGGAAAAUAAACAACGUGUUUUUACAGUUGUGUUACCAACAAUUGCUGCAAUAUUUGUUAUAAUAGCAGCAUACGUUUAUGUUAAAACCCGUCCGAAAGUUGUUGAGUAUUAAUUGGCGUGUGUUCAUUAUUAAUCAUUAAAAUACAAUACCAAUGUAUUUCAAGAAUGCUUGGACAGUUCCUUGAUACAUUUGUACAAUUAAAUAAGAAUUAUUUAAAUAAGAAAGCAGAUUUGAAUGCUGCUCAUAUGAUACUUCAUUCCUAACAUUCAAUAAUCAAAUAUGAACAUUGUGCAUUAAUUAUAUAACUUUUACAAAAUAUUUUUCAUGCUAAAUGUUAUACAAUAAUAUUGGGAUAUAUAUGUAUAAUAUAUAUAUAUAUAUAUUGAUAUAACAUCAAAAUUAUGUAUAUAUAUAUAUAUAUAUAUAUAUAUAUAUAUAUAUAUAUAUAUAUAUAUCAAUUAAGGAAAUAUAAUUAAGACAUUUUUAUUAUAUAAAUAGAAAAAAAGUAUUUGUGCUAUUAUUAAAAAAUUUGCCUAAAAAGUAGUUAGUUUCUAAAUUUAUAGAUUAAAUUGCUGUUUAUUGUAUUUUUCAAAUGUACUUUAUAAAAUGUUAAUCAAAUUAUUCCAACAUAAAAUAUGAUUCCAAGAAUGUUGUUGCAAUUUUAGCAUAAUACAAAUUUUUUUCAUAUGAAUUAUUUUACAUAAUUCUAUGAAAUAUCUAGUAGCUUUAUUAUUCUUUGAAAGAAAAAUAAAAAAAUGUUUUAUAAAAUAUUUGCAUAAUAAACGAAUAUAAAAUAA